AUCAGUAUCUGUAGUGUGGCAUUAAUCCAUAGUGAAAUUCGCUUAUUCAUGAAAGAAUUUUUGAAAAAUUAGAAAAAAGUUCUUUCUAAUUUCUUCUGAAACAUUAAUAAGUUUCAUAAUCAUCUCGAUUGUCCUUCAGCAGCGCCAUCGCCUCUCACUGUAUGAAUAAUUUAUAACAAUGAAAUCGCCAAUGGACGGGUUUUGGUUUAGCCUUCGAUCUAGCUAGCAACUCGUGUUGUUAAUAAGCUCGUAUGAUUGUUUAUUGUUGUGAUGUUCAUUUCGUAAUGAUAUCAGCUCUCAAAGUUCAUAUUUUACGCAUAAGAAUUUUGUAAUUUUUAUUAAUUUCAUUAUUUCUUAUUUUAAACUUCGUCCGAAUGAGGGGUUAUCGUAUACACCGAUUGAAACGUGCUAAAACUGUUAUACAUUUUACUGAAAACUGUGGGAACGAUCAUAUUAUGCUUGUUUAUCUGUGAUAAUGGGAGGUUGUUUUGGUACACAACAAAGCAGACCUUCCUCGGGUAUAGAAUCUCUGGAUGGCACAAGUUUGAACCAAACAAUUACAAUAGGAAAAAACCAACCUCUGAAGCAUGAAAAACCAAAAUGGAAAAGUGAUGUGCCUUUAACUGGGGGUCAGCUUCAUAGUAAACGAGAUGAAUUUUGGGAUACAGCUCCUGCAUUUGAAGGAAGGAAGGAGAUUUGGGAUGCAUUAAAAGCUGCAGCAUAUGCUGCAGAAACUAAUGAUUAUGCCCUUGCACAAGCUAUUAUUGAUGGUGCCAAUAUAUCACUACCUACUGGUACUUUAAUGGACUGUUAUGAUGAAUUAGGUAAUCGGUAUCAAUUGCCAGUAUACUGCUUAAGUGUUCCAAUUAAUUUAGUGGAAGAAACAAAUGAAUCUGAAUCUCCUGCUGCCGAAAGUGAGCCUUGGAGUGAAGGGGGAGAAGAAAUCACUGUAAAAUUUCGACUUUCAACAUGUGGGAAAGACACAAAAUUGGCCAUUCGAACUGGUGAAACUGUAUUAACUAGCAAAAAACGCUUGCAGGCUGUUGAAGGUAUUGAUCCUUCGAGGCAGCGUUGGUAUUUUGGUGGUCGCCUUUUGCAUGACAAAAUGAAAAUAGAGGAGGCUAAAUUACAAACUGGAUUUGUUGUUCAAGUUGUUGUGACUUCAUUAAAUCCUUCUGCAGAAAACCAAAAUUAUUAAAAAAAAUUUUAAGCAGUUACAGAUAAAUAAUUGUAUACAGUUGUAAAUGGUUGUACAUUCAUUUGCACUCUUUAAGAGAUAGGAAAAUCGUUUUAGCCCAGCUUUCUUUGUCUGCUUUAAUAAACAUUUUCAUUCAAUCCGUACCAGCCAAAGUUUUAAAAUUUGCUCUUAUGCCAUCUUACCCGAUAUUUGAUAUAAAUUUUUAUUCAUAAAACAGGUUGAAUUAUUGAAUAUCAAAAUAGUCAAAUCUCUUGUUGAAAGAGUGCCUAUAAUGAUCAUAUUCCUAUUUUAUUGAGAUUGUUAAUGUUUGUCACAUUUUGAGCAUGGGUUCAGAAAUGCUUUUUCUUUUUAUCUUUGAUGUUUUACUUCCCUGUAUAUAGCACCUUUUUGUUGUGAUGUUUUUCAGAUUAGUUUUUUUUUUUUUUUUGUAUCUUAUGCUCUGCAGUGAUCAUUUAUGAAAAGCAAAUAAAGUUAUAUUUUUUAACUUUAAAUUAUGAAUUUUAUAUAUGUAUUUAAUAAUUUUCCUCGUCUGUUUAAAUUUGUGUUUGUUUUGUUUUAAUUUAUUGUGUGACUUUAAAAUUAGUGCAUACACAAAUUUCACUUUAGGAAUCAGUGCUGUUAUUUUACCUAAAGUUAUAUGUAGGCCAAAAGACAGAAUUUGUGUCAUGUAGAAUAUAAAUUUCUGCAUAACUAGCAGCUUUUAAUUCAAGUAACAAGUCUGUGAUGGUAGGAAUCUCAACCCUACAAAUUACCAUUGAAAAACACAAUGUACAGGUUUUUUUUUUCUUUCUCUCUCUCUCUCUCGCUCUCUCUUUUUAUUGUACCAAGAAACCAAAGCAAUAACCAUAUGUUUACCAUGUUAAUUGUAAAAUUUAUUACAUAUAAUAUAUGGUUAUAAAAUAUAAAUGAGUUAAAAAGAUUUUUAGAGUUAGAAUGAAGCCCAAUAUCUAUACAAAAUAAGUACUAUUGCUGUGCAACAAAGUAUCGUUAUAAAACUGCUCAGUAAGGUGUUAUAUGGCUUGUGUUUUUAAUGGAAAUUCGUUUGCAGUUUUAUUAUCUAUAUUUCCGUUUGUUUUUAUCUUUCUUGCCUGCAAAGAUAUAUGUAUAGUCCUUUUUUUGCUAGCUCAGUUUGUUUAUAAAUAUAAUAAAAAUGCCCUUUUAUUUUUCCUUUUU